AUGGGCCCUUUCAAAAGGGACACUGACUUCAUCCUUACACUGUCUGACGAUGAGCGUCAGUCUCCACCCAGCGAUUCCGAAUCCGACCUCGUACUCGUACAUACCGCCGGUCAAAAGAGGAAGCGAGAGGACAGCGCAGUCACCGCCCAGAAGGGCAAAAAGAAGAAGUCGAAACAGGACCUGAAGAGAGCUGCGAAUGCCACCGCCUCGGACUCUGAGAGUGACGAUUCGCAAGGUGUGCAGGAUGGUGCUCUAGAUCCUGAUUUCGAGUUCGACCUAGGGGACAAUGCAGCCCUAGAUGAAGUCGAAGAGUUUGACGGCUGGGGCAAGGGCGACACAAGCGAAAAAGAUGGUGGAUCUGCGAAGAAGGGGAUUGAUCUUGACGAGAUAAUUGCCCGAAGAGCAGCGAAAACUUUCAAGGCGACGCAAAAUGGCCUUCCGGACGGACAAGAAUUAAGCGAGAAUGGAUCAGAGGAGGACCCCGACGACCCUGGCGAUGACGAUUCCGAGCCUCCGAUGAUCAUGCCAGACUUUGACGACGACGAGCUUGUUGCGCCCGAUACAUUUGGGGCAGGAAUCGAUCACGGCGAAGAGAACGAGCCUGAUGAUGAGCAUGAUGCGGACAACGAAGACGAUGAGCAUGAGGGUGCCUCUGACGACGAUUCUGUCGCUUCGCCGACCGCUCACCCUGAUGAUCUUAUUUCUGAUCAGUCAGAUGCAGAAUCAGUGAUUUCGGCGCCUGACCGUGAAGAGCAGGCAAAGAGGGCUGCAUUUUUCGCUCCUGAAGACAACUCGAAACUUCCAACCACCAAGGCCGCUUCCUCCUUUCAGCAGUUUUCACUGUCACGGCCGAUCUUACGAGGAUUGACGUCUCUAUCGUUCACUACACCUACUCCCAUCCAGGUUCGCGCUAUACCGGUGGCUUUGCAAGGUCUUGACGUUGUUGGCUCGGCGGUCACGGGAUCAGGCAAGACCGCUGCCUUCUUACUCCCUAUCCUCGAGCGCCUACUUUACCGGCCGCGCAAAGUGCCGACCACCCGCGUUGCCAUCCUGAUGCCGACACGUGAAUUGGCUGUACAGUGCUACAAUGUUGCUACUGCACUCGCACGAUACACCGACAUUACCUUUGCACAAGUGGUUGGUGGAUUUUCACUGCGAGAGCAAGCAUCCAUUUUGAAGAAGCGUCCAGAUGUUGUCAUCGCAACUCCUGGAAGAUUUAUUGACCAUAUGCGGAAUUCAGCCAGUUUUGCUGUAGAGAACGUUGAGAUCCUUGUCUUGGACGAGGCUGACCGAAUGCUCGAGACCGGCUUCGAGGAUGAAUUGAAUGAGAUUCUGAAGACCAUACCAAAAAGCCGCCAGACGAUGCUUUUCUCUGCAACUAUGACAGACAGUGUGGACAAAUUGGUACGAGUUGGAAUGAACCGUCCUGUACGUUUGUCAGUCGAUGCAAAGAAGAGCACCACCGCUGGACUAGUGCAGGAAUUCGUUCGUCUACGACCUGGACGCGAGGGUAUGCGGCUAGCUACGCUCUGCCUCUUGUGCAAAAACGUCUUCACAGAGAGAACCAUCAUUUUCUUCCGUCAGAAGAAGGAAGCGCACCGGGUACGGAUCGUGUUUGGCCUUCUCGGUAUCAAAGCGGGAGAGUUGCAUGGGAGCAUGACCCAAGAACAGCGUAUCGGCUCAGUGAACGGAUUUCGUGAGGGCAAAACCACCCAUCUCCUUGCCACCGAUCUCGCGUCCCGUGGCCUCGACAUCAAGAACGUCCUAACGGUGGUUAACUACGAAGCGCCUCAAACACACGAGAUCUAUCUUCACAGAGUAGGACGAACCGCUCGUGCAGGCCGAUCAGGCCGGGCGUGCACAAUUGCGGCCGAGCCAGAUCGCAAGAUCGUGAAAGUGGCUGUGAAAAGCGGGCGCACGCAGGGGGCCAAGAUUGUGUCCAGGGCAAUGGAGACCAAAGAAGUAGACGAGAUGAACAAGCACAUCGAAGAGCUAGAGGCCGACAUCGAAGCGAUCCUGAAGGAGGAGAAAGAAGAAAAACAACUCGCCCAAGUCGAAACUCAGCUCACCCGCGGCGAGAAUCUGGUCAAGCACGAGGCGGAAAUCAUGUCGCGGCCCAAACGCACCUGGUUCGAGACCGAGAAGGACAAGCGCGAUGCUAAGCAGCGUGGCCACUUCGAGUUGAACGGGCCGGAUGGUGGUUCCGUCCGCGUGAAGUCAGAGAAGAAGAAGUUGAGUAAUAAGGACAGGAAGCGGCUUGAUGCCAGGAAGGAUCGUGCCGAGGGUAAGAUGUGGCGGAAGGGGAAGGGCAGUGAGGCCAUGGCCAAGAGGGACAAGCAAGAGAGCAAGGCGGUCAAGAAGGGCAAGGCUGCUUCGGGAAAGGGCAAUGGUAAAUCGAAAGGAAAGGGGCAGAGGAGAUGA